AUGAUGACAUCCAAAGAAGUGGCCAAAUGUGAUGCAGUGGAAAACAGGAGGCGAAGUCCGCUGGACCACUUGCCGCCUCCUGCCAACUCCAACAAGCCGCUGACCCCAUUCAGCAUUGAGGACAUCCUGAACAAACCAUCAGUGAAACGAAGUUAUACAAUUUGCGGCACAGCUCAUCUAAUUUCGUCUUCUGAGAAACAUCGUUCCUCCAGCAUCCCUCUGUCCAACCGGGGACUCCUCACCCAAACCUCCCCGCUCUGCGCGCUGGAGGAGCUGGCCAGCAAGACCUUCAAGGGGCUGGAAGUCAGCGUUUUGCAGGCUGCCGAAGGCCGGGAUGGGAUGACUCUGUUCGGCCAGCGAACCACCCCGAAGAAGCGUCGGAAGUCUCGGACGGCUUUCACCAAUCACCAAAUCUAUGAACUGGAAAAGCGCUUCCUGUAUCAAAAGUACCUGUCCCCAGCCGACCGGGACCAGAUCGCUCAGCAGCUGGGCCUGACAAACGCGCAGGUGAUCACGUGGUUUCAGAACCGGAGGGCCAAGCUAAAACGGGAUCUGGAGGAGAUGAAGGCCGACGUGGAGUCGGCCAAGGCCAUCGGCCAGGUCCCACUGGACAAGCUCGCCAAACUGGCGGACCUGGAGAAAUGCGCCAAUGGCACGCUGGGCCACCCGCGAGCCGAGUCCCCCGCGCGGGGAGGCCAGCAGGAGCACGAGCUCGCUCAGAAACUGAGGACGUCGCCGCUGUCUCCAUUCUCAGACCACACAACUAGUAAAGAGUGCUCAGAGGACGAGGACGUAGAGAUUGAUGUGGAUGACUGA